AUGGAUUUCGCAGCCCUUAUGAGCAAGGAGCUUGCCAAGUCAAAGAAGCCCGCCGACGAUGGAAAAAAAUUCCUGAAACGCUCCGAUGUCGAAGCCGAGCGCAAGGCCGCAUACAUUGCCGAGCAGAAAGCGGUCGAGGCCGAGCGUGAGGCCAAGGCCGCCGCGAAGCGCAAGCGCGAGGAGGACGCCGCGGCCGAGAACGCCGCUCGCGAGGAGAAGCGCCGGCGCCUGGCCGAGGAAUCACGGCGGCGGCGCGAGGAGCAGGAGGCAGAGGAGGAGCGCGCGCGGAGGAAACGGCUCGGCCUGCCGGAGCUGGUCAAGGCGACGAGCGAGGACGUGGACGAGGGCGUCGGCGGCGGCGCGGCCGAGGACAUUCCCGACGAGGAGCUGCUGGACAAGCUGCGCGACCUGGGACACCCGGCGAGGCUGUUUGCGGAGACGCACGCGGCGCGGCUACGGCGCUACAGGAAGCUCACCACGGUUGUUACCAACGGGCCGAUACCGACGACGCUGGAGUUGGUCGAGGCAAAGUACAUGAAGGUCGACGGGUCGGUGCCGCAGGACAAAGAAGGGCGCAAGUGGCUGUUUAGGCAGCUCGCGAGCUACUUCACCAUGGUCUUGACGGAGUACCAGCGGGCGAUGGACGAGGAAAGGCAGGAAACCACGGCCAGCAAGACGGCGUACAGCGCCAUGGUGCAGACAAGAGAGAACAUGAAGCCGCUCUUUCGAAAGUUUGAAAUCGGGGACCUCGACGACUCCCUCAUCGAGCCCAUCGUCGAGAUCGUCAAGGCGCUUCAGGAGCGGCGGUACGUCGACGCAAACGACGGCUACCUCCGCCUCAGCAUCGGCAAGGCGGCCUGGCCCAUCGGCGUGACCAUGGUGGGCAUCCACGAGCGCAGCGCGCGCGAGAAGCUCCACGGCGGCGCAAAAGGCCAUGUCAUGGGCGACGAGGUCACGCGUAAAUUUCUGCAGAGCAUCAAGCGCUGCCUCACCUUUGCACAAGUGCGCUGGCCGCCCGAGGACUUGAGACAGCUGAUGGGCUGA